UCUCUAGUUUACUCGCGAACACAGUGCUGAACGGUCGUAACCGUAUUUGAAUGCAAAAACGAAACAUCGACGGUGCGCGUUUUCGUUUCGCUUGGAACUGUUUCCAUUUCGGUCCUUUGUCAAUAAUCUAUUUGGAGCGCCAGCCGACAAAAUAAACCAGCUCUCGAGAGUUUCAUUUAUUAGCUUGACGUGAUGGUCUAGAAACGAAGAAAUGAAGAGAGUUCAAUGAUAGCAUCACUGAGACAAACAAACUAGGCGGCGCUAUGGUGCGAUUGGUGUGUUUUGUAUUUGUGUAAACAAUGAAAAAGUAUACGUACGACAGAAGGGAAGUAGUUCAUCUCAAUCGAUUACUAUAACAGUGCAAUAAAUCGUUCUUCAAAGUGAAUUGUGCGCCCGAUAAAUCAAAGAAAAAAGGUGUAAUGGAGUGGUCUUGGCUGCGAGACUGGUGGCGAUUGAAAAGGCCUCGACGAAAGCGUCGGCACAACAGGCCAGUGAUAAGUACAGAAUCCGCUGAUGGCGGUGAAGAAAGUGCCACUCCUCGAGUUGAUGACGAAUUGGAGAUUUCCGAUGUUUACGGUUACGAUGAGUACGGCAGCAACGAAGAUCCUACAAACGACGCAGAAUAUGAUGAUUUCAUCUGCUAUUGUGACGAAUGUAUGAAUGGCGAUCUAGAAUCUACCGAUGGACUCGAUUCUGACGAUUCGUCGGCUGCCGGUAAGCAGGUUGUGGUUGCCGUCUGUGCUAUGGCCAAAAAAUCUCAAUCUAAACCGAUGAAGGAGAUACUAACGCGGUUGCAGGAGUUCGAAUUCAUACGUAUGAUCGUGUUCAGUGAGGAGAUCAUCCUUAAGGAGCCGGUGGAGAAUUGGCCUCUUUGUGAUUGUUUGAUUUCAUUCCAUUCGAAGGGUUUUCCGCUGGAAAAGGCAAUCCAGUAUGCACAGCUGAGACAGCCGUACGUGAUAAAUAAUUUGCACAUGCAGUUCGAUAUACAGGUAGAUCGAAGGCGUGUAUACUCUAUACUGGAGAAGGAAGGAAUUGAGAUACCUCGGUACGCGGUUUUAGAUAGAGAUUCUCCCGAUCCUAAACAUCACGAACUGGUGGAAUCUGAGGAUCAUGUAGAAGUAAAUGGUAUUACUUUCAACAAACCUUUUGUGGAAAAACCAGUUUCAGCCGAAGAUCAUAAUAUCUACAUUUAUUACCCUACGUCCGCUGGCGGUGGUAGCCAGAGACUAUUUAGAAAGAUUGGUAGCCGAAGUAGUGUUUACUCACCAGAAUCCCGUGUUCGUAAAACGGGUUCUUUCAUUUAUGAAGAUUUUAUGCCUACAGACGGCACUGACGUUAAGGUUUAUACAGUAGGUCCGGAUUAUGCACAUGCUGAAGCUCGAAAAAGUCCAGCACUGGACGGCAAAGUCGAACGAGACAGUGAUGGAAAGGAAAUUCGCUAUCCGGUCAUUUUAAACAACGCAGAAAAGUUGAUUUCACGCAAGGUAUGCCUUGCUUUUAAGCAAACCGUCUGCGGAUUCGAUCUUCUUCGUGCCAACGGAAAAUCUUUUGUCUGUGAUGUGAACGGCUUUAGUUUCGUGAAGAAUUCCAACAAGUAUUAUGACGAUUGCGCGAGAAUAAUGGGAAACAUGAUUCUGCGUGAGUUGGCUCCGACGUUGCACAUUCCGUGGUCCGUUCCGUUCCAACUGGACGAUCCACCGAUUGUACCAACGACAUUUGGGAAAAUGAUGGAGCUGCGUUGUGUUACUGCUGUAAUACGACAUGGGGAUCGAACACCGAAACAGAAAAUGAAGGUAGAAGUACGCCAUCCCAAAUUUUUCGAGAUUUUCGAAAAGUACGAUGGAUACAAGUAUGGUCAUAUUAAGCUGAAAAGGCCAAAGCAGUUGCAAGAAAUUCUGGAUAUCGCACGUUCAUUGCUAGCGGAAAUACAGACUAAAGCAGCAGAUUCGGAAAUUGAAGAGAAGCAGAGCAAAUUAGAGCAGUUGAAAAGCGUCUUGGAGAUGUAUGGUCAUUUUUCUGGAAUUAACCGCAAAGUGCAAAUGAAGUAUCAACCGAAAGGACGACCCAGAGGAUCAAGUUCUGACGAUGGUAAACAUCAUUCUAUAGAUGCCCCAAAAGAGCCUUCCCUAGUUUUGAUAUUGAAGUGGGGCGGCGAACUAACCCCCGCUGGGCGCAUUCAGGCCGAAGAGUUGGGAAGGAUUUUCCGUUGUAUGUAUCCUGGCGGUCAGAGUCGUGAUGGUAAAGAGGGCCUUGGUGCGCAGGGAUUAGGGUUAUUAAGGCUGCACUCAACGUUUCGACAUGAUUUGAAAAUUUACGCUUCAGAUGAAGGUCGAGUCCAAAUGACGGCUGCAGCUUUCGCUAAAGGUCUGCUGGCUUUGGAGGGUGAACUCACUCCUAUUCUAGUACAGAUGGUCAAAAGUGCGAAUACCAAUGGACUUCUCGAUAAUGACUGUGAUUCAAGCAAGUAUCAAAAUAUGGCGAAAUCAAGAUUACACGAGUUAAUGCAAAUCGAUAGGGAGUUCACAAUCGAGGAUCGCGUAGCGAUAAAUCCCGGCAAUGCUAUUAGUAUAAAUCUGGCAAUGGACUUUGUAAAAAAUCCCGUGAAAUGUUGCAUUCAUGUUCAGUCGCUUAUACAAUCACUACUGGCCGUUGUUGCUGUUAAAAGAGAUGAUCCCAAAACUAGAGAAGCUGUGCUUUAUCACGGAGAAACUUGGGAAUUGAUGGGCCGACGAUGGGGCAAAAUCGAAAAGGAUUUUUGUACUAAAAGUAAAAAUUUCGAUAUAUCCAAAAUACCUGAUAUAUAUGACUGUAUCAAAUACGACCUUCAACAUAACCAGCAUACGCUUCAAUUUGAUUUGGCUGAGGAAUUGUAUAUUUACGCUAAAUAUUUGGCGGACAUUGUGAUACCACAAGAGUAUGGUCUAACUGUGCAAGAAAAGUUGACAAUCGGGCAGGGUAUUUGCACACCCUUAUUAAAGAAAAUUCGUGCAGAUUUACAACGCAACAUAGAGGAAGUUGGUGACGAGAGUGUGAAUCGUUUAAAUCCACGAUAUAGUCAUGGUGUGUCAAGUCCAGGUCGUCAUGUUCGAACUAGGCUGUAUUUUACCAGCGAGAGUCACGUUCAUUCUCUACUGACAGUUCUUCGUCACGGUGGUCUUCUGAAUGUGCUGACCGACGAACAGUGGCGCCGGGCAAUGGAGUAUGUGUCCAUGGUAUCAGAGUUGAACUAUAUGUCACAAAUUGUGAUAAUGUUGUACGAAGAUCCUACCAAAGACCCUUGCUCGGAGGAACGCUUUCAUGUUGAACUGCAUUUUAGUCCCGGUGUGAAUUGUUGUGUUCAAAAGAAUUUACCUCCUGGACCAGGAUUCAGGCCACACAGCCGAAAUGAUUCUGUUACGUCGAAAAAUGCGAGCGGAGAUGAAGAGAGUACAUCUAGAAUUGACGAGGAAAACGAUACCGAGGAGGAAAAUUCAAAUGAAUCUGGACAAACUCUGCCCAGAGAUAACUUUUUGGUAGAUUCGACGAAAAUUAAGGAAAGACGCAUGCGUAAACUCAAAUCGUCCGAGCCCAUCCCGAUUGGUUCAUGUCACACCGUUUCAGGACAUGAGGCGAUGGAUUUGGCGAAAAGACUCAGCGAGGAACUAGCGGCGCAGCAACAAAACAGUGGCCAAAGACCACGUAGCCCAGACGAACCACGGGCAGCACGAUCGUUUGAGCAUGGUAAACCGGGUCGAAUGAAGGGCGAAACGCUGUCUGUCAAGAUAGAGUCCAUCCCUAACUAUCAAUCGGCCACGAACGAGUUGCCACUAUAUUCUAUUGAUUUAUCCUUGGUACCAAAAACACCCGAAAUCAGUUAUUUAACUGUUUCUUCGAAGACUCCAGCUAUUAGCAAACUCGGAGAUCGAUACCGUACAACAACGGCUGCAACCAAUGAAAGACCUUUAUCAUGCCAAUGCUUAUUUAUGCGAGAGUCUUAUUCAUGUGAUUCUAUAAGCGAAUUUACUCCCAACAUGGCCGAUCAAGAGCUGUAUGUGUCAUCGUUUUCGGACUCAGAUUCAGACACGUCGAGAUAUUACAGCGCUUGUCAUGAUUUAGAUCCUUUCCAUUACAAAUACCCAUUGAGCAGCAGGGCUCGUUCCUAUACAUUUUCAAACGAUCCGGAAAAGGACAAUUUAUUAUCCUUGUUCAAUGAUCAUGGCUACAAAUCAACGUUAUAUUUAUCGUUACCUUUUAUCAGUAAAAGUUUCAAUGAUUUGGACUACUUGGCAGACGUUAAUACGCCUCGUAUUCUUGAUGAUGGCUCUACCAACACCCUUCUAUUCCCCAUGAAGUCCUUAAACUGUAGCCCAAGUCCCAUGUCCCGAUCGCAAACUAUCGCAACGAACGAAAAGAAGCCAAUCAUUUCCACUGAACCUCCAUUUAUACCUCGAGUUGCUAGUGAUCCUGGAUUGCCUAUUCUUGGUUCACUCGUACCAAUCAAAGAGCAGGAGGAUUUUGAAAUUUGGAAAGCUUCUAGCCCUACUAAGGGAACUAUAACUUUCAUUUCAUUGACAACACCUCCCCCGGAUGAAAAUAUGACAGACGCGACUCUGGGUUUCCAAUCCUUACUGGACAAGAUCUUCCCGGUCACAUCCCACGAAAGUGUCACCCUUGCUGCUAGUUGUAGUGAUGAUAAAUCCAACAGCUCUUUCAAUUCACCCACAACUAACAGCAAUAACAGUAACCUUGCACCUAACUGUAAACCUCACUGUUCGCAAUUCGUCAAAUCGUAUACGACAGACAGCAGCACAAAUCCGACCGACAGCGGCAACGUUGCCGUUGGGGGCGGAACCGGUGCCGUCUGCGCAGUUUCUUCCUCCCACGGGUCGUCUCAUUCCUCUACCGGUGGUGCAGCUGUAAGACGUCAACGACACAGCAUUGCCGGCCAGAUGAGCUACUUUAAGAUGCUAGGUGGCUUCGGUAAGAAGAUGGCUACCAGCACCAACAGUUUGUUCAGCACCGCGGUCAUCAGUGGCAGCUCCUCGGCACCGAACCUGCGUGACAUGAUUCCGAACACGGCAUCGCCGUCAGCAAUUGAAGGAUUCGGCGGUGUGCCUCCGAUUCGCCCACUGGAAACCCUGCACAACGCCCUAUCGUUGCGCCAGUUGGAUCAGUUCCUGGAGAAGAUGACCAUCGGGCCACUGUUCAAGACGCCGGCUUCCUCUCCGCCCAAGUACCCAUCAACGCCGAUGCCGACCCCCGUACCGAGCCCCGCAGUGCCGGACCGACCAGUGCUUCCAGCGGCGAGCUGGAGCGGCCAAUCGAGCAUGGCAAGUAGCAUUAGCGCCAUGUCCAGUGGGGGUCCUUCGUCUCCUAACUAUAGCGACAUGUUCUCCCGUGGCUGCCUGAGCAGUGACAUGUCGGCCAGUAUCACCAGCACUGAUGGUCUUGCUGUCGGAGGGGGAAUCAAUCGGGAUGAUUUGCCGCAAGUGUUCCCGAUAAUCGAUAACGACCUGAACGUGCUGGGAUCGCACUUCAACUAUGACCAGCUCGCGACCAGUAUCAGUUUGGACAGUCCCGUCAGAAUUCCACCUGUUAGCAAGGACGCCACAUUGGACAUCAGCGGAGAUUUAACUCCCAUCAGUACAUGUUCAGAUUGGGAAUUCAAUACCAACGAUGCUACGAAAGGUUCCACCAAUACAAACUGUGAUUUGACAGCGGAGGAGGAUGACGAUGAUGCCACAAUUUCGACAGACACCUGUCUCAGCACCGGUGAUUUAGCUAUAGCUGGUGAAGAUGCUGGACGAACAUCCAACCCAAACUUGACGCUAGCUUCUACUUGCAGUAGUAAACAGUUGCAGAAGGAGUUAUUGUUCGAUAUGAAAAACGCGCGCCAUGAGCUCAUACACCUGCGAAGUGACACUCCUACACCACCAGUGUCAUCUGCAAACUCUGGUGGGAUUCCUUCAGCAUCAUCCGCUGGAGCCACUGCUAAAGUAGACAACUGUUUCCGGGGUAACCGUAUUCAAAAACAAAUUAGUUUAUAUGAAAAAGAUUCUCGCACGGAAGCGAAAAAUUUAUCCCAGGAAUCGCACAAAUUCGGAGAUCGAGGUCCAGCUGUUUUAAAGCACGCCGCUUCCUACGAACAUCAACCGAGUCGCAUUCACAUGUCGUUCGAUGAGCUGCAGAAGGACAUACCCAACUUGGAGCGAAAUUUAGCGAGUAAGUUUGAAUUGGAGCAAGAAAAAUGUUCGAAAACGAACAAAUGCAUGGCCGCCCGUUUAAAGAACGCGCCAACGCCUGGGGCAUUAAUGAUACGGGAGAGUUUUAUCGAACCUCCUCGCAUAACAAGAGUUACCAAAAGUUUUCAUGGUAAAACAGACUAUCAUCACUUACAGCUCGAAGCUGUUACUCGAAGAGCCAGUGAUAUCGUGAGGCCGUCCACUUCGAGUUCAGUGCUGCUCCCAACAAUAUCAAAUCAACUUAGUGGACGGGAUUGCACCAAUAAAUAUAAUAAAAAUCAGGUUCGGCAGGAAGCAUCAGUUAACCCGGCUGGAACUAACAGUAGGGUUGGUGCCGGAAGAUUCACGACUUCCAUCGUAUCCGAGGCGUUGAAUACUAGGGAAGAAAAUUCGACUUCAACCGGAGUAAUCGCAGAUGCUGAACAGUUGCACGAAGAAACUGUUACCGUUAGUUUGAGUGGUGCUAGAGUGGUGGAAGACGAUCCAGCAAGGCAGAACUCUGCCAAACCACAGACUCAUUGAUAAAUGUUGUUCACUAAUCUAUUAGGAGUUGAUAUAUAGAAAAAAAAGUAAAUAUUCUGUUCUAUCGUUCUCAGAA